AUGACAAGCACAUUGGCUGUCGUGAGCACCGGGGAGCUGGGGGAGGACGUGGGAGGGCAGGGGGAGACCCACUUCUGGACCGGAGCCACCUCCGUGUUUCCAGGCGGCGGCGGCGGCGAGUACUCCAGCCGGCGGCGGGCACCGUGCCCCGGGAGCCGGGUGAAGAGCGAGUACACGAAGCGCCAACGGGCGAGUACACGAAGCGCCAACGGGAGCCGCGCUGGGAGGAGGACGGGCCGUGCUACCGCGAGCUGCAGCGCUACCGCCUGGGCCGCCAGCUGCGGGAGCAGGCGCACGUGCUCUGGCUCUCUGGCGACUGUGGCCUGGCCGGAGACUCGGACGACUCGUCGUCGGGAGCCUGGGGCCCCGCGCCCCAGGGCGCCCCUCGCCUUGCAGCCCGCGGAGCCCGCGGCGCGGGAGAGGCCGGAACGGCGGGCGCGUGGGCCGGCGGAGGAGCGGGGCGCGGAGGCGGCGGAGGCUGAGGAGGCCCGGGACGCGGAGGGCGCGGACGAGGCGGUGGCGGCUCUGCCAGCCCCGCCAGUGAAAGACAUCAAAGAAAAACCUGAACAAGAGAUCAGAACAAAAGAGACUGAGAAGUUCCCUAACAGUCCUGAACCCCGACAGCAACCAAGUGCCUUAUUUGCCAGAGGAAAUAGGAAAGCAGUCAAAAGUCCUCAAAGAUCAUCGAGUAAAAGAAAAGAGAACAAGCAUCCGUUUGCCCUUUACGGGUGGGGAGAAAAGCAGACGGAUACAGGAAUCCAGAAAACUCACCAUGUCUGCGCGUCCGCUCCGGUCCAGGAGAUUCACGAGUCAGCACUACGAGCCAAGAACAGGAGACAGGUGGAAAAACGGAAACUGGUCACUCAGAGGCAGCGCGCCCACUCCGUGGAGGUGGAGAAGAACCGGAGGAUAAAGCCUCCGCGCUCGGAGAACCCGUGGGUGACGGAGUACAGGAGAUGCUACUCAGCACGGGGCCUGAAGGCAGCAACGGCUGCCGGGACAGCCUCUUCGAAAAAGCGUCAGCAGAAGAAAGAAGCAGCAGAACAAAAGAAAAACCAUCAGAGGAAAACAGACACAGGUUUAAGAAACCAGCGAUGACCCGGCGUUUUCUGUAGGGAAUUUCCCGAAGACUGCUCUGUUUCGCUGGCUCCUGGUCACCUACCUCAGCAGGAAGGCGACAGGUGUCCUUAUAAGGGCCCACAGAGAAGACACAGAAGAGGGGAGAAAGGAAAAUGGCCACAGAGGAAGAGACUGGAGACACACACCCACAAGCCAAAGGACAUCUGGAGGCACCAGAACCUGGAAGGCACAAAGAAAGAUUUCCCUAAAGCUGAGGCUCUGAGCUUCCCCUUCAGAAGGAGGAUGUGUACAGGUGUGAAAUGGAAUGUACGAAUGCU